AUGGGGACAUGUCACGCUGUUCUUGGUCUCAAUUUCCCAACCAAAAAAUUCAAGGCUCUUCUCCGCCUAGCUCUUAUACAGCUCGACUUAUCAAAGCCAGAGUUACAAAAAGAAAUCUCUGGAGCCACCUCUGAUGUCACCAAGCUUCUUAGGAACGGCCAACACAAGAAGGCUUACCGCGAAGUUGACAUAGUCAUACAAAGACAAAACCAUCUCGACACUUACAACAUCAUCAGGGGAUACCUAUGUCUCUUGAUCAUCGAAACUGAAAGCUUCACACCCAAAAGAGAUAUCUCUGACGUGCAUUUCGAAGCUGUUUCCAGCUUGAUCUUUGCAGCUCAUAGAAUCCGAUUACACUCAUGCUUCACCGCGAUUCAAGACGUUCGGAAUGGUUUGCUUUGGUAUUUUGGCCACAAGCUCGCGGCUAAGUACAUUGAGAUGGGCAAUGAUUCUGGUAUUCAUCCCCAAAUAAUUGAAAAGUUGUCGAAAAAACCCUCACCGAGAAAAGUUAGGAUGAAGCUUUUGGAAAAGAUUGCUGCAAAGGAAAACAUUGUUCUAAAACUAAGAGAAGCUUCUACUUCCAAAGAUGUACGGAAGUAUAACCAUUAUAAAAAAGAGAGAAAAAAUAUGCAGGGAGCAUCAGACAAUGCUAAGCUAGCAAGUGAAAAGAUAGUAGAAGAUGAGGCAAGAAAAGGUAAUGAUGAUGGUUUUGCUAAGAGAGGAAAGAAGAAGCAUACUGUUGUGGUUGGAAAAGCAUUGGGAAGUUCAUAUAAAGGUCCUGAAAACGAAAAAUCAAAACAAGAAGGUAAUGAUGUGAGGUCAGAAUCUGAGAGGCAGGUGGUGCCGGAUUCAGAAGAAAUUAGUAAAGUUGAUGAAGACAUUGAGGAGUGGAUGAAGAAGAAUAUUAAUAUCGACUGGAGUGACGAAGAAUCAGGAGAUGUGGACCACAUGGUUCAUUUGGUUGAAGAGAUAACGGGGUUUAAGUAUCCGUUAUCAGUCAGGAACAAACGAAUUCCUGAACAGUGA